GGAGGAGGAAGGCGGAGGGAUGCUGCUUCCCUCCCUCUCCCCAUCCCUCGCCGCGGCCGGAGGAGCGCGCAGGCGGCGGCUGGCAGCCCCGGCCGGGCGGAGCGGCGGCAUCGCAGCCCCGCGCAGCGGAGCCGGUCCCCGCCGGGGCAGCCGGUUUUGGAGGCUUGCUUGCCAGUCACCGCAUGCUGAGGCCAUGGCGCUGAGGCUCCCGGGCACGGGAUCACUUUCUCUCACUGGCCUUGGAAUCCUAGUCCUGGUUUUGGCUCUCCCUGCUGAUGCUGGGCUUUCUCAGAAGCAUGUUUCAGACGUCGUCGAUGACAGCAAAGAUAACAUCACCAUUUUCACUCGCAUCCUGGACAGGCUGUUGGAUGGGUACGACAACCGCCUGAGACCUGGACUUGGAGACAGCGUAACUGAAGUCAAGACAGACAUUUACGUGACAAGUUUUGGCCCUGUCUCGGACACAGAUAUGGAAUACACUAUUGAUGUCUUUUUCCGGCAAUCCUGGAGAGAUGAAAGGCUGAAGUUUGACGGUCCUAUGAAAAUACUUCCCCUGAACAACCUACUGGCCAGUAAGAUCUGGACUCCUGAUACCUUCUUCCACAAUGGGAAGAAAUCUGUUGCCCACAACAUGACAACCCCCAACAAGCUGCUGCGCCUGGUGGACAAUGGCACUCUCCUGUACACCAUGAGGCUAACGAUUCAUGCAGAGUGCCCCAUGCACCUGGAGGACUUCCCAAUGGAUGUGCAUGCUUGCCCACUGAAAUUUGGGAGCUAUGCCUACACAAAGACAGAGGUGAUCUACACCUGGACACUGGGGAAGGAUAAAUCAGUGGAAGUAGCGAAGGGUGGAUCUCGCCUGAACCAGUAUGACCUGCUGGGCCAUGUUGUUGGGACAGAAAUGGUUCGAUCGAGCACAGGAGAGUAUGUCGUUAUGACCACACACUUCCAUCUCAAGAGGAAGAUUGGGUACUUCGUGAUCCAGACCUACCUGCCCUGCAUUAUGACAGUCAUCCUGUCCCAGGUCUCUUUCUGGCUUAACAGGGAGUCCGUUCCUGCCCGCACAGUUUUUGGUGUCACCACCGUCCUCACUAUGACCACUCUAAGCAUCAGCGCAAGAAACUCGUUACCUAAAGUGGCAUACGCGACGGCCAUGGACUGGUUCAUAGCCGUCUGUUAUGCCUUUGUGUUUUCUGCGCUGAUCGAAUUUGCCACGGUCAACUACUUCACCAAGCGCAGCUGGGCUUGGGAUGGCAAGAAGGUGUUGGAAGCCCAAGAGAUGAAGAAAAAAGAGCCGGUGGCGCUAGCGAAGAAAACCAACAACACCUACAACAUUGUUGGCACAACAUAUGCCCUCAACAUUGCCAAGGACCCUGGCCUGCCCACCAUCUCCAAGAGUGCUGCUGCCACUGCUACCGCCACCAACGUACCUCCCAAGAUGCCUCGCAUAGAGGAGAAGCUCCCAGAGACUAAGAAGACAUACAACAGUGUCAGCAAGGUAGACAAGAUGUCCCGCAUUGUCUUUCCAGUCCUCUUUGCCAUUUUCAACUUAGUCUACUGGGCCACAUAUGUAAACCGAGAGUCAGCUAUCAAGGGAAUGAUCCCCAAACAAUAAAACCGGUCACACAAACCUUCCAUCAGUGAGCACCAUUCAGGCAGGAAUUCUCCAGGGCUUUCUUCUUUCUUGUUUUGUUUAAUUAUUAUUGUUCAUUUGAUAUUAUUAUGAUAAUGAUUAUUACUAUUAGAGCAUUCUUUUAUAAUGUAAACAAAACUGUGAUUUUAAUUUAAUCCUGUAUACUUUAGUUUCAUUUUACUUUGUCUCUGAUGAUGAAAGGAAGAAAAAAAACGGAUCAUAACAAGUUGUGCCUCUAACAUUGUGAGUCUGAUGUCUCUCAUCUGUCCAAGUCACCCUGUGCUUCCAUCUCUCCUCCUCCACCUCCUGCUGUUCCCACAGUCUGCAUGCCACUGCCAUUCCAUGCCCCGCACUGCUGGGGGUUACUGUUGUGGUCUGCUCCCUUCCUUCUCUUCUGUGAUGGACUGCCCUAGCAUGGUGGAUGCUCCUGGUGGCUAAAGGAUGUGGAGGCCUCCAGAGUUAGUGAGCUAGCUGGGCUGCUCUUCAGUUCCUGGCGCUUUGUGCUGGGUGGUACUGCCCAGGCUGUGGAUGCACUUGAGCAGUGUGGCAUGGGCUAGUUUUUAACCCAAUGCCUACUGGGGAUGAAUCCACCGCUGCUGUGGGCAGUGGAGCCAUUCCAGUGGUGGAACAGAGUGGCAGCAUCUUGUAGGUAUCUACAGGGCUUCUUCCUCUCUAUCUUUAGCAAACCCAGCUGCUGGUUUCCUCCACGUGUCUCCUGUACAAGAACAGGCAAGAAAGGUCUUGUCUGACUGCCAUCCUGCACUCUUGGGGCAAUUCAUGUUAGAGAAUAGGUUGGUUCUUCCCAGAGAAAUAAUUUUUCUCAAGGUUGGGAAGUUAAGACAGGAGUUUUCUAAUGCCUUGGAAGAGUUAGGAGCUGUGAAGUUACACACAUUCAGCAUCAAACCUGGAAGCCGUAGUUCAUGUUCAGAUGAAUGGUUUAUCAUUUUGUCUUGGACACAUCCGCUUAGCCUCUUUGUCUCAGUUUUUUCUUCCAGCUCCCCAUCCCCCUGCUCAGCAGCCCUCACUAGUAUUUCACUCCUCACAGGUCGAUUUAGGCAGAGAAGCCCUUACCUCUCAGGUAAGCCUCGCUGAUGGGGAGGAGUACAGCCCAGCGAAGUCCAGCUCAUGGUGCAUCCCUGCUUUGGUGCACCAAAGCAACAGUGAUGUUUGUUCAGGAUAGCUCGCAUGCAGGCUGCUUCCUGUGGGAUACACCUGGGGCCACUCUGCCACCUGUGGGGGUGAGUCAGGGGACAGUCAGUGCCCAAAUAUCUCCCUGCCCCAGGUGAACAGAUGCAGCUGAGCAUCCUUAGCACCAUGGGAAAACAGCAGAAGGAGGUCUUUGAAACACCAGGGUGAUACUGCCAUCCCAGAGAGCCAUGUGAACCAGAUGCCACUCUGCAAAUGCACGAAGUAAGACCCUACUUUAACACCUGCACAUUCUUCCAAGGAAAGCCCUCCAGUGCCUUGUAGAGAGGCUUUUUCUCCCUUCUCGGCUACCACAGUCAAGGACCCAAACCAGUGGUUGUCCUGAGCAGAAGCACAAGAUGGUGGCAUCCAAGACAUCUGUUCCCCCUCCCUGGUGAUCCAUGGACACACUGUCCUGCUACAAGGAAGCUUGGUGAGUUCUCAUCUCCAGGUCAUGGGCAGCAUUGAUUCUGC